AUGAACGACGAUUUGUGUUUAAUUUCGACUGCUAUUGCGUGCUAUACAAAGUUGAAGUAUGAACCAAACAAGUCAAACAAGAGCUCAAAAUGGGUCAAAAAUUGGUUGCAAAAACGAAGCACUUACUCUCAUGUAAAUUUAUUAAACGAUUUACGCCUAGAACCAGAUGACUGGAAAAACUAUUUGCGUAUGGACGAGGACACAUACAUCGAACUUUUAAAUUUGGUAACACCACUUAUAAAAAAACAGGAUACUGUAAUGAGAACGGCUAUCACUCCACACGAGAGGCUGUCAACAACCUUGCGAUUUUUGGCGACUGGAAGAAGUAUGCAAGAUUUAAAGUACUCUGUAGCCAUAUCUCCGCAAUCACUUGGACAGAUAAUACCUGAAACUUGUACUGCUAUUUGUAAAGUUCUGUGGAGAGAUUAUUUAAAAUUUCCAAAUUCAGAAGAUGAAUGGAAAGAAAUUUCAAGAAAGUUCGAGACAAAAUGGAAUUUUCCUCACUGUUUGGGAGCAGUUGAUGGUAAACAUGUGUCCAUAGCUUGUCCUCCAAAAAUUGGUUCGUUUUAUUACAACUAUAAGGGAUUCUUUAGUUUAGUUUUAAUGGCGAUUGUAAACGCCAACUACGAAUUUAUAUUAUGUGAUUUCGGGACUAAUGGUCGUGUCUCAGAUGGAGGAAGUAAAAAUAAUUUACCUUAUUUUAUUGGUGAUGAGGCUUUUUCAUUAAAGCCAAAUUUUUUAAAACCGUACAAUCAAAAGGAACUAAAUUAUGAACGUAAAGUAUUCAACUACCGGCUAUCAAGAGCUCGAAAUGUAGUAGAAAAUGCCUUUGGGAUUUUAUCUGCACGAUUUCGCAUUUUUCAUACCCCUAUUAACAUGAAAUUAGAAAAUAUUGAAAGAGCAGUGUUAGCUUGUUGCACACUUCAUAAUUUUUUACGAAGAAAUUAUAAAGAGGGACUUAUUUUAACGAAUUUACAACGUGGACAUAACCGUCAUGCUGGAGAAGAAGCCAAGGAAGUACGUGAAAUAUUUUUAAAGUAUUUCAAUGAAGAAGGGUGUGUUGCAUGGCAACAUAAUCGCGUAACAGCAGGCAAGGAUUAA